AAAUUUGUAUCAAAUACCAAUGACCGAAUUAUUGAUAGAUUGGUGCUUUAGUAGAAAAUUUUUACUAAUUGGUUAAUAAGAGUUGUUGUUAUUUCGGACUAUGUUGAGAAGAAGUAGACUGUGAUGUCGUGCGAAGGUGAGCGUGGGUGUGAAUCCCGGUGGAGAGUGCGUGUAUCGGUGCAGCGGUGAACGUCGCGACGGUGGCGACGGGCAGCGCGCGCGAGCGCGAGAUGGGCGGCGGCGGCGGCGCGGGCGGCGGCUGGGCGCGCGAGGCGCCCGCGCUGCUGAGCACGGCCCUGCUGCUGGGCGGCGCGCUGCCGGAGCGCCCGCCGGCGCCGCUCUUCACCAUCGACAGCAUCCUGGCGCCGCGCCCGCCGCCCGCGAUCCCGCCGCUGCAGCUGCACCAUCUCGCCCACACCACGUUCCACAGAGCGCACGAUCUCUUUGGUACGUCUGCAAAGAUGUUGUUCAUGAACGUGGGCAGCAUGGGCGGCGGCGUGUCCGGCUCGGGCGGCUACGGGCUGUACGGCGGCUACGCGGCGGCGGCGCUGGCGGGGCUGGCGGGUCCGCCGCCGAAGCGCAAGCGCCGGCACCGCACCAUCUUCACCGAGGAACAGCUGGAGCAGCUCGAGAGCACGUUCGACAAGACGCACUACCCCGAUGUUGUGCUGCGCGAGCAGCUCGCGCUGCGUGUCGACUUGAAGGAGGAGAGGGUUGAGGUGUGGUUCAAAAACCGUCGAGCGAAAUGGCGGAAGCAGAAGCGCGAGGAGCAGGAGCGGCUGCGCAAGCUGCAGGAGGAGCGCGUGUGCGGGCGACUCGGCGCGCGGCCGCCUGCGCCCGCGCCGCCCGCGCUCGCGCACUCGCCGCUGCGCGCGCCGCCGCCGCCGCCGCGCUGCUCUGACGACUCCGACUCCGACCUCGAAGUCGCUUGAGACCACCCCCAAUACAGACACUUGCGUGCUAAACGACUUAACUCAAUUACACGGGUACAGUUUCAGUGAUCAGUGAAAACUAUUUAAGCAAACAAGUGAUGAGAACGCUGUUUUGUCAAUACGUGCAAUCGAAUGGAACGGUAAAGUGUCGCAGAAGAACUUGAUGCAAUAUUUAGAGAUGUUGACACUGGGCGACUCUUCGCAACUUGUGUUUCUUGUGAAACCGGUGCAACGCUGCGCUGUGUCCUUUCACAAGAGCAACAGACGCCAAUUUAAUUAGAUGCAACAGAUUUAACAACUAAUAGUAACAAUAGAAUUAGGUAAUUGUUUAUAGUUCGAGCACUUGACAACUGUGUGCUAAUAUUUAUUAUGUGGAAAAAUAGUAGGUAGGUACUAGGUAGUCAUAUUGUAUAUUUUAGACUUUAAGGUACCUAUAGCAAGCAAAUGUAAUUAGAUAUACUCCACAGAAUAAUCGAAUAGAUAAUUGAUGUAAUAAAUAGCAACAUCACAUGUUCUAUUC